AGGGCGGGGGGAGAGGGUGGGAAAGGAAGGCAGGCUCGGUGCCAAGAGGGCUUGAUGAAAGUUGUAAGCCUGGUGCACAUUUCUUCUCCUUCGUCGGAACCCAAACCAUGGCCGAAAGCCAGAAGAGGGGAGGAGGCUUCAAAAAGUUCUUCAAAGGGUUUGGAAGCCUCUCCAGCCUUCCUCGGGUCUUUGCUUUCCGCCGCAUCUCCGUGCCACCCGGUGCCCCACAGAGCCACAGAGGGGGACACUUUUCUCCAAACGGCUUCUUGGCGCCCACCAUUGAAAGCACCCAGGAUGACUUGGACACGGUGCCCAAAAGCCCUUUGCCUUAUGCCCGCUCGUGUGACAUGUACAGCCACAUGGGGACCAUGCCCAGGACUGGGAAGAAGGCUGGGAAGAAGGCCAAAAGGACCGAGGAAGGAAAGCGUCAAGAAGUUGGACUACCCCCUGUGGCCUUGGAACCACGUGCGUCAGCCCCCCAAAAAGAGGGGAAAGAGUUGCAUUUGGUGUUGCCCUGCAAUGUUGUCCAGAGCCCAGAUGGUCCCCAAACUUUGGAGCCCUCUGUGAGGAAUAGUGCUUCUCAAUGUUUCCCUGAGUCCACGCAGACUAUUGUAGGACGUACGGAAAAACCAAAGAGGGAUACGCAUAUUACGCGGGAUCCUCUUCCACCUCUGGAGAAACCCGCCAUCGAAAAUGUGCAGGAUGACAUGCAUGCCGUAACCAGAAGCCCGCCACCUCCAUAUGCUCGCUCGUGUGACAUGUACAGCCACAUGGGGACCUUGCCCAGAGCCAAAUCUGGGGCCAAAGAAGCCAAAGGAGAAGUGACAAGGCCAAAGCCAGAUUCGGUGCUCUCUGGCGGGACUGCUAUCCAGGAAUUCAUCCUCCACACAGGACGUUUCAUUAGUUCUGGAGARAACRUGGCUGAAGAGAAGGUUGUUCCUACGCAGCUGGAUGAAAGGCACCAAGAUGGACUCGGAUCCGGCAGCGAAUACGUGAAGUUCUCCAAGGAGAAGUACAUCCUCGAUUCGUCGCCAGAGAAGCUUCACAAAGAGCUGGAAGAAGAGCUGAAGCUCAGCAGCACAGACCUCCGGAGCCACGCCUGGUACCACGGGCGCAUCCCGCGAGAGGUUUCUGAGAGUCUAGUACAGAGAAACGGGGACUUUUUGAUACGUGACUCGCUCACCAGCCUGGGGGACUAUGUGCUGACGUGCCGCUGGCGGAACGAGCCCCUCCACUUCAAGAUCAACAAGGUGAUGGUCAAGUCCAGCGAAGGCCGCACUCACAUCCAGUACCUCUUUGAGCAGGAGAGCUUCGACAACAUCCCAGCGUUGGUGCGCUUCUACGUGGGCAACCGCAAGCCGGUCUCAGAGCAGAGCGGGGCCAUCUUCUACUGCCCCAUCAACCGCACCUUCCCCCUGCGCUAUCUGGAGGCCAGCUAUGGACUUGCCAAUGGGAAACACAGCGGCUCACACGGCCACAACAACCAGAAAGGGGGGCACAUCAAGCGGAGGAGCAUCACCAUGACCGACGGGCUGACGGCUGACAAGAUCAUUAGGGGCGAGGGCUGCCCCACCAGCGUCUCCUUGCCGCAUCACCGGGACAUCAUCCGGAACUGUGCGGUCAGCGUGGAUCAGAUUCAAGACCUCCACUCCUCAAUGUCUCCCAUCUCCGAGACCCCUGCAACCCCAGCUUACAGCACUGUCUCUCGGCUAAAACCCAACGGAGGCCAGGCCGGCAACAGCGUCUCCCCAGGCUCCCCCGUCACCAGGCGUUCCAGUGAGCCGCAGCUGUGCCAAGGGAACGGGAGCAAAGCCGACCCUUCCGACAGCAGCCGCUCCACCCCGUCCCACGGCUACUCCCGGGCAUCCCCUUCUCCUUCGGUCAGCAGCUACAGCGACCCAGACACGGGACAUUACUGCCAGCUGCACCCUCCUUCCCCGGUUCAAUGGGACCGACCGCCAGGGGAUGGCAAGGCACCGUCGGCCAAGGGCUACGUGGAACGGCUCAAGGGGGACGAGGCCCAGCGGGGCCUUGGACUGAACGGCUCCGAGGCUGGACCCCGGAGGAGGCCGGAGCAGGACACUGUGGGCAUGGUGGUUCCUGUAGUGGAACGGACCUCUUCCUUCAACCCCGCGGUGUUCCACUCCCUCCUCAUCCCCCUGGAAAACAAGCCCUUGGAAAUGGCUGUGCUGAAGAAGGUGAAGGAGCUCCUGGCCGAAGUGGAUGCCAAAACAAUUGCCAAACAUAUCACCCAAGUGGAUUGCCUGGUUGCUAGGAUACUGGGCGUUUCCAAGGAGACGCAGAGACUCAUGGGCGUGAGCUCCGGGAUGGAGCUGCUCACCCUGCCCCAUGGACACCAACUUCGGCUGGAUUUGUUGGAAAGGUUCCAUACAAUGACCAUCAUGAUCGCGGUGGACAUCCUGGGCUGCACCGGCAGCAUGGAGGAGAGGGCAUCCCUGCUUCACAAGACCAUCCAGCUGGCCGCAGAGCUGAAGAGUACAAUGGGCAACAUGUUCAGUUUUGCGGCUGUGAUGAACGCACUGGAAAUGACCCAGAUCUCGCGCCUGGAGCAGACGUGGAUGGUGCUACGCCAGCGCCAUACGGAGGGAGCCAUCCUCUAUGAGAAGAAACUGAAGCCUUUCCUGAAGAGCUUGAACGAAGGCAAUGAAGGCCCUCCCUUGUCCAAUACUACCUUCCCCCACAUUGUGCCUCUCAUCACACUCCUGGAGCGAGACACAGCUCUUCCGGAGAAUCCUGAGCCAUGGGAAAACAUGGACAACAGCGUGGAGGUGGUCAUGGCUCACCUGGAAGCUGCACGGAUGGUGGCCCAUCACGGUGGACUGUACCACACCAACGCAGAAGUGAAGCUGCAGGGUUUCCAGCCACAACCAGAGCUCCUGGAGGUCUUCCACACCGAGUUCCAGCUGCGCCUUCUGUGGGGCAGCCGAGGGGCCGAGAGCAGCCAGAGCGAGCGCUACGAGCGGUUCCACAAGGUCCUCACCGCCCUGUCCCACAAACUGGAGCCCUCUGUGCGCUCCAGCGAACUGUAACCCCGCCAUGCGAGCUUCGGAGUGAGACCAGCGAGGGAAGUGCGAGGCCAAAGAAACAAGCCUACGCUUUUGGGGGCGGGUUGUGACUCGGGCAGACAAAGGAGGAAUUUCCCAAGUUGCAAAAGAGUGGAGGAGCCAAGGUAGAAUAUGGCCAGAAUACAGAUUGAGAAACUGACAAUCAACAUGAUACUGUGGAGAGUGGGUCAGCUUUCCUCCUGCAAAGCUGGCAGUGAAAUAGCUAGCUCCUCCUUGCUCGCAAUUUCCCUACAAAUUCUGUUUGAAGGCACACUCGCUGAGCUGUGUGAGGGUCUGUUUAUACUGCAGAAGAGAAGGUUGAGACAUGAUCACCAUGUAUAAAGUUGGAGGGAUGUCAUAAGGAAGAGAGAGCAAGUCUUCCAUUCUGCUGCCCUGGAAACUAGUACUCAAAGGAGCCAUGGGUUCAAUUGAUGGGAAAGGAGAUUCCACCUGAGAAUGAGGUGGCUGUAAGAAGAGCUGUUCAGCAGUGGAACUCUCUGCCUCAGAGUCCUUCCUUGGAGGCUUGAAGGCCGUAGGAGGUGCUUUGAUUGUGCUUUUCCUGCAUGGAAGAAAGGGGUUGGGUUAGGUGGCCUCUUCCAACUCUGAUUCUAUGAUGUUGCAGGAUUUGCUGGUCCUUGAAGAGAGAUAUAGUUCAAAAUCAUGACCUUCCCAAACCACUGCAAUCUGAAUAGCAAGAGUCCCAGAAGCAAGAAAAAAAUAUAGCAGCAUCUUUUGACAGCAAACACAUGUGCUUCAGCCCGUCUAUCAGCAGAGUCCAGCUGCCACUGUUUAGUAAACUCACAGAUUCAGGCUUCAAACUAAAUAUCAAAUGCGGUCAUCGCUAAUAGUCAACAUGGAUUUAUCAAAAACAAGUCAUGCCAGACUAAUCUGAUCUCUUUUUUCGAUGGAGUUACAAGCUGGGUAGAUGCAGGGAAUGCCGUGGAGGUAGCUAAUCUGGAUUUCAGUAAGGCCUUCGACAAGGUCCCCCAUGACCUUCUGGCAAGGAAACUAGUCCAAUGUGGGCUAGGCAAAACUAUGGUGAGGUGGAUCAGGAAUUGGUUAAAU